AUGAGGCUGUUUGCAAUUCACCUCGGCUUCCUUGCAGCGCAUGUCCUUCAUGAAGUAUCCGGCGGACCGAAAAAUAGCUGUCUAGGGUACAUAGUGCGAGAUGAUUCGAAUCCCUACUUGGACGCCGCAGCUCCUUUUUUGCUCCCGUCGCUGCUCAGUCCGUCCUCCCCCCAUGCUUGGAGAAGAGGGCUCGUAGAAGUUCCCACCCCCUCUUUGAAUGCAACGGGAGCACUCUUUUCCUUCUCGCUGCUCCCACGCAUUCAAGCGGCUGCAGCCGCCAGCUCCCUCGGCGAGGAAAAAAGAGAGGAGGAAGAAGAGUUGCGUGACGGUUACUUGCCUUCUGCAGGGGAGAGUGAGCAGCAUGCAGAUGCAGAUGAUCCCUCACCGCACGCGCUGAGGGGAGACGGCGAACACCAGCGCGCGAGCAUCAGUAGGACGGAGGCAGAAUCGCAUGCAUUCCCAAACCAAGACACCACUGAACCCACAGAAACGGCGAAGCCUCGUGAUUCAGACGGCGACACAACUCGGUCAGAAUUGCCUGCCAUGACACCCAAACAAAGGGGCCGGCCGGGGGAAAAGUUCAGAGAUGAAUACAAGCCCUCAGACUACACCGUCGAUUCUGUAGACUUACGCUUCCUCCUAGAAGAAACAAACACAAAGGUGUCAGCGACGAUAGUUAUGCAGCGAGUGGCAGGUACUCCCCCUACAGACCUCGUCUUAAAUGGAGACGACUUAGACCUCGCCUCUUUGAUGGUAAACGGAAAGCAAGUGAAACAUAUAGGCGACAGCAAUGCAGUGGCGGAAGGCGAAGCAGGCUAUCGCCUGGGCAGCGACGGCAGUUUGAUCAUAAGUAAAGCAGUUCUUCCCCAGAAAGCAGGAGAACCCUUUACACUGCAGACUGAAGUGUCCAUUCACCCGAAAUCAAACCUAAAACUCAAGGGACUGUACGUCUCGGGGAGUGCCCUGGUGACUCAGUGUGAAGCUGAAGGGUUCAGGAGAAUAACAUAUUUCCUAGACAGACCCGACGUGCUGGCAAAGUACAAAGUUCGCCUGGAAGCAAACAAGGCGAAAUAUCCGGUCCUCCUGAGCAACGGCAACAAGACAGAGGAAGGGCUCGUGCACGGUUCUCCUGAUCGGCACUUUGCAGUGUUCACAGACCCGCAUCCCAAGCCAAGUUAUCUCUUCGCAAUUUUGGCCGGCGAGUUUGCGGCCAUAAGAGACAAAUUUACCACCAAAAGCGGCAACGAAGUUGCGCUGGCGGUGUAUAGCGAACCAGCGCAGCUGCACAAGUUGGAGUGGGCAAUGCACAGCGUGAAGGUGAGCAUGAAGUGGGAGGAAGAACAUUUCGGGAGAGAAUACGAUCUGGACAUCUUCAAUGUUGCAUGCGUUUCCGACUUCAAUGCCGGGGCUAUGGAAAACAAAGGCCUCAAUAUAUUUAACUGCACACUCCUACUCGCAGACAUGCAAACCAGCACAGACGAUGAUUUUGAACGUGUCCUGGCCGUCGUUGGGCACGAGUACUUCCACAACUGGACAGGCAACCGCGUGACAGUCCGUGAUUGGUUUCAGUUGACACUGAAGGAAGGCCUGACAGUGUUUCGGGAGCAGCUGUUUAUGGGCACUGUUAUGUCGGCGGGAGUACAGCGUAUUAAGGAAGUCGCCGAUUUGAUUUCACGGCAAUUUGCAGAAGACGACGGCCCCAUGGCACAUCCGAUCCGCCCUGAGAGCUACAUGGCUAUGGACAAUUUCUACACAGCCACAGUCUACGACAAGGGCGCAGAGGUCGUGCGCAUAUACCACACUUUACUCGGCGCCUCCGGGUUCCGCAAGGGAAUGGAUAUGUACUUUGAACGCCACGAUAAUACGGCAGCGACUUGCGACGACUUUCGGGCUGCCAUGGCGGAUGCGAAUAGAAUCAACCUGGACCAAAUGGACCGCUGGUACAGCCAGGCGGGCACCCCGCGUCUGGAAGUGCUGCGGUCUGAGUACAAAGAAGAUGCCCAUACAUUCGAGAUAAGUUUCAGACAACAUACCCCACCGACUCCUGGCCAAGAGACCAAGCUGCCGCAAGUCAUCCCUAUCAAGAUCGGGCUCAUCGGGAAGGACUCCCACAGAGACCUUCUGCAACCCUCCAUGGUCUUGGAGAUGACAGAAGAGGAGCAGACGUUUCGGGUCAGGGGUGUAGACGAAGACUGCGUGCCAUCCAUACUGCGGGGAUUCUCCGCUCCUGUGCGUUUAAUAAACCGUCGUACAGCUGAAGAAAACGCGUUUCUUCUGGCCUACGACACGGACCCGGUGACCAAGUGGUUCUCCUCCAGGGCGCUGGCAGCUCCAAUCGUUAUUUCUCGCUGUGAGAAGAUCGCCGCAGAUAAAAACGUUCAACAUUUCGCUGGACUUCCCGACGAAUACGUUGAGGCACUGAGAACAGCCCUAACGGACCAGGCGACCGACAGCGCACUGAAAGCCCUCAUUCUGCAGCUUCCUGACUGGAAUGUUCUAGCUGCGGAGAUGAGACCCAUAGACCCCGAAGCGCUCCAUAAGGCCAUAAGAACAGUGAAGGCAGACUUAGCCACUGCUCUGAAGUCUGAAAUGCUUGAGUUGUACAGACAGCUCACCCUCCCCGCGGGUCAGGAAGAAAAGGUGACUGAGGGGGAAGCCGGCAGAAGAAAGCUGAGGAACGCUUUGUUGCACUUCCUCUCGGCGGCGCGUGAUGAAGAGGCAGUUGAAAGGGCCUUCAUGCACUUUACAGAGGCAAAAUGCAUGACAGAUAAAUAUGCGGGCCUCAUCGCCCUCAGUAACAUGCCUACUGAACAACGUGAACACGCCUUCUCGCACUUCUACGACGACGCAGCAGGAGACCCUCUUGUUGUGGACAAGUGGUUCAAAGCUCAGGCGCUCUCAGACCUGCCAGACCAAGUGGAACGCGUUGCCGCUUUGCUGCAGCAUCCCGCUUUUUCGCUGAAGAACCCUAAUAGGCUGCGGUCUUUGGUGUUUGUAUUUGCUGCCUCCAAUCAUGUCCACUUUCACAGAGACGAUGGAAAAGGCUACGAGCUCCUCGCUGAUGUCGUCCUCCAGGUCGAUCGCAUUAACCCCGUGGCUGCAUCGCGGGGGGCGAAGAUAUUUCUCACUUGGAGGCACUACGAUGAGCAGCGGCAGCAUAAGAUUGAGCAGCAGUUGCGACGCAUUCUAGCAGAACCGUCCCUGUCGAAAAAUGUCAAAGAGGUCGUCGUGCUGGCUCUUGACUCUCCCAGUUCACCUUCAGUUCAGUUGGAAUCCUAA